UCACAUCUUCCUUGUGUCCAGCGACGGCGCGACAAAGACGCUAGCUCUUCUCAUUUUCCUCCUGAGUUAGAGAUACAUCCAGCCCAACAAUGCCUGCCGAUUUCAGUGGAACAUGGACAAACACCAAAAUGGAGGGUUGGGCAGAUCUCCUGGAAGCAUUGAAGGUGGACAAGUCGAAGGUACCCGCCGACCUGAAGGUGACGGAGGCUAUCACCCAGAGUGGUGAUACCAUCACCAUCGUCACCACCAACAACAAAGACCCCAGCGCCCGGAAGGAGGUCACCAUCACCGUGGGUAGCAACUUCACCGAGACUCUGGUGGGUCAGCCCUUCGAGUGCACCACGGCGUGGGAGAGUGACAAGCUGGUGCUGACAGGCGUGGGCGGCAAGGGGAAAAGCACCCGGGAGUUGGUCGGCGGGCAGAUGCUGGUCACCAUCCAGAUCGGAAGUGCAGUAGCCAAGACCUGGUUCAGCAAGCAGUAGGCAAUGCAAAUUCGAGUUUGAGCGAUAGAAGGAGAAUGAACUUAGAGGGGAAGACCACAUGCACUACUCAGUCCAAAUCAAAUUAUGCAGUAACUAGUUGACGUCGGCCGGAUUAGAUCAGCAAUUCUACUCACAAACAUUUCAUGUUAUACAAUUCGGUGUUUUAGAAUUCAGCAAGUGCAGCCAUGAAAUGAAUCAUAAGAUACGUGAAUCCCUUACAAUAUGAUCGUUGCUUGGGAAGUUUGACGUUAAUAGGCAAUUCUUGUAUACAUGCAUUAUACCACAUCACGAUAUGCUUGGUUGCUUUGCACAUACGUGUACUUUCCACAAAUGCACAUUAUACGGUAGCGAUGGCACGCCUGCACACUUCGCAAGAAAUGGAUUUGGUUAGAACAAUACUGGGUCAAGAUCUUUUUAAAACGAAAUUGAAGUGAUUGCUGUCUUAAAGGUCAUACUCGUUAGCAAAACGAUGUUUAGGUUGUAUUUACUUGCUCUUAUCAAUAUAAAAAUUCAAAUUUUCAAUUAG